AUUCCUUUUAGAAGAGUGUGUGCUUUCUGUUUUGCCACAGGAGUUCAGAGACACAGUCAACUACAAUGGCAAGCAGAGAGGAUUCACCAGCUGGAUCAGACCAGCCUGAGAUGUACAAGAUGGACCACAAGCGCAGAGGAUUGGCUCUUAUCUUCAACCAGCAAGACUUCAGUCGUGAGUUGAAAAAUAUGGGAACACGUUUUGGGACAGCUGCAGACAAGGCUAACCUCACUGAAAGAUUUAAAGAGCUACGCUUUGAAGUGAAAGGUUAUGAUGAUCUAAAGAAGAAGGAUAUGCUGCAAAAAAUAAGAAAAGCUGCAAAGGAUGACCAUGCAGACGCGGACUGCUUUGUGUGUGUUUUCCUGAGUCACGGAGAAGAUGGUCAUGUCUACGCGUUUGAUGAUAAGAUUGAUAUAAAGGAAGUAACAUCUCUGUUCAGAGGAGACAAAUGCAGAAGUCUUGUAGGAAAACCCAAGAUCUUCAUCUUUCAGGCAUGCCGUGGUAAAGAUCAUGAAAUUGGUGUGACCCCAAUGACUGCAGAUGACAGUGACACUGAGGUGGUGGAGGACGCUGCCAUGAUCUACACGCUCCCAGCAGGGGCAGAUUUCCUCAUGUGCUACAGUGUAGCUGAAGGAUUUGUGUCCUUUCGACACAUAGAAGAAGGCACGUAUUACAUUAAAAACCUCUGUACGACACUACAAGAACGCGGUUUAACUCUGGAGUUCACCGAGCUGCUGACCCUGGUCAACAUGAAGAUGUCUAAAUGGUGCGUCAAUGGCAGGAAACAAAUGCCCUGCUUCAGCUCCAUGCUCACCAAGAGCCUCUACUUCAAAACCAAAGAGGUGAACAGUCAAACCCAGAGCAACAUUUUAAAAAUAUUCACAUCCUGUAUGUUACCCAAAAAGAGAAUCAACAGUCAAUGAUUCUGAUUGAUUCUGAUUAUCGACUGCCCUGUCCUGGGGUGUCAUCUUGAUCCAUUGGAGUUCUUGGGAGAUGGGAGAAUUAGGAUUAAGGGAAACCCAGUGGUGGACUAAUUUCUUCAACAUAUGGAUUUUGUAGUCAGAACAUUUUCAGAAACAGCAAAAAAAUUUCAGAGCACUGCUUUGUUACUUUUUGCACAGCGUCUGCUAAGUUUAAUGGAAGCUUAAGCUUUCAUAGCUUCCCGGCUCAGAGUGAUCUGAUAAACAGGGGCUAAUAUUAUUUAUUUAUAUUAUUAUUAUUAUAGAUAUCAUUAUUAGUAUUGUUAGCAUUAUUUUUUGAGAUAGCAAUUUUAUUAUUAUUAUUAUUUU